GGGGCGCCCGGACUGUAGUACCCUUGACUUCUGGCCGGCUCCAUCUCCCGUAGUACCGAUGGCGAAAGAGGCCCAAGUAGAAGGCCACCCUUCCUGUGUCCCUAACGAUGCCUUGCGAAGCUGAAAGGGAGGCCGCGCCCCUUGACUUCAAGCCUCGACUCCUUCCGGGGCAGCGCCCAGGGUAGCAGCCACAUCUGAGGACCAGAGCCACUUUGGGAAGCUGGAACCUGUGAUCUCCGUGUCUCCACCUGUCUGGGGCUGGUGAUGACCUUCAGAACCCACCUCAGUAAAUGACAUCACCAGAAAGACUUGGGGACUUGGGAGCACUCAGGAGAGCCUUUCUCUGAGACAUGAAGCUUUGGGGCCAAAUGCUGUGGGCCCUCCUGUCUGGCCCAGGAAGGAAAGGAGGCACCCGGGGCUGGGCCUUCAGCUCAUGUCCACCCCAUUCACCUCUGGCUGGGUUGGUGAGUGCCACAGAGCUGGUCAGCCACUGGACAGCAGUCUUUGAAGAGAGAGGCAUUCCUGAGGCCCGGGAAUCCAGUGAGUACAUCGUGGCUCAUGUCCUUGGAGCCAAAACAUUUCAGAGUCUGAGGCCAGCACUUCGGACCCAGCCACUGACCUCUCAGCAGCUACAGUGCGUCCAGGAGCUGAGUAGCCGCAGACUGCAGAGGAUGCCAGUGCAGUACAUCCUCGGGGAGUGGGACUUCCAGGGACUCAAUCUGAAGAUGGCGCCCCCAGUGUUUAUCCCUCGGCCAGAGACAGAGGAGCUGGUUGACUGGGUGCUGGAGGAGGAGGCCCAGAGGCCCUGUGCUGCAGGCACCCAAGAUGGUCCCCUUAUCCUGGAGGUGGGCUGUGGAUCAGGGGCCAUCGCCCUCAGCCUGCUGAGCCAGCUCCCCCAGCAGAGCCAAGUCAUUGCUGUGGAUAAGGAGGAGGCCGCCAUCUGCCUAACCCGUGAGAAUGCUCAGAGGCUUCAGUUGCAGGACAGGAUUCGGAUUGUCCCCCUUGAUGUGACCCUAGAGAGGUGGUGGACGCACCUUCUGCCCUGGGGCCCCAUGGACCUGGUGGUCAGCAACCCUCCCUACGUCUUCCACCAGGACAUGGAGCAGCUGGCUCCUGAGAUCUGCAGCUAUGAAGACCCAGUGGCCCUGGACGGCGGGAAGGAGGGCAUGGACGUCAUUAUCCAUAUCCUGGCCUUGGCGCCCCAGCUCCUGAAGGGCUCUGGAAGUGUCUUCUUGGAAGUGGAGCCAAGGCACCCAGGGCUUGUCGGCAGCUGGCUCCGGAGCCAGCCUGACCUGCACCUCGAUCUCGUGGCUGUGCGCAGGGACUUCUGUGGGAGGCCUCGAUUCCUGCAUAUCCGGAGAUCCGGACCCCAGUGUGGCUGCCCUGUGGGCACCUAACCAGGGCUCCAGCCUGCCUGAGUGCCUGCCUGACCUUCCUUUCUGGAAUGCAGCCCGGGAGAAGGUGGAUGGUGCCUUCCAGAAUCCCAGAUGCUCAUGGCAUUUCCUGUGGCUCUGCGAUUCCCCAUGCUCCACAUUUCUGGGAGACUUGGGGGUAGAAGCCAGGCUGGGGGUGUCCUUCCUGGGGUGGCAAAGAGCAGGGGCGUCCACAGCCCAGCUCGGGAGCUGGAUGGACUUGGGUUCUCAGUCUGGCUCCAUCAGAUCAUUGUGGCCAAGGACAAGUUUCUCAGUGUCUCUGCUGAUGGCACAGGGGUGGCCCGAGGCCCACCCUCCGAGUUGUUGGGGAGGUAUUGGGAGAUAUGGCCAGUAAAAACCAAUAAAUAGUGACCUAAUGUUUUUGUUACUGUGAUUUCUGGGCCCCUUUCUACCCCAGCAGGGAGCAAUGUGGAUGGAGGCCCAUGAGUGCUCGCUCCUGGUCCUGGAUGCCUUGGGACUUGGCACUGAG